AAUACCUAGAAGCGCAGCUGGAUUUGGUUUCACUGUUGCUUGGACAAAGCCACCUCAAGUGGAUUUUGUGAAUGAAGGAGGAGCUGCAUCAAAAGCAGGUCUUCUACCUGGUGACAAGAUUAUUUGUAUCGACAAGAUAAAAGUUACCAAAAAGGGCAAAGAAGAAAUUGAGAGCAUUGUUAAGAAAGCGAAAGAAAUUAUGGAGGUGGAGAUUACUCGACCGGAAGGGGAAAUCGCAACACGAAAAAGACAAACUAGCCUAAGGCGAAAGGAAUCCUUUACCAAGAAAGGCUCCAGGAUGGUCAUCCAAGACUGCGACAUCAUGUUAUGGCGUAGAGAGCGAGCGCUACUGAAACUGCUGCUGUGUGAAGAAGAAUUCUUGAACAUGAUUAACUUGGCAAAGGAAAGAUUCAUAUUGCCGUUACGUAAACAAUAUGCGUUGGUAACCCCUAUUGAAAUAGAUAUAUUAUUUGGAAACAUUGACCAGGUUGCUUCUGUACACGAAAUAUACAUCCAGAAAUUACGACAGCUCACACAAGGGAGUGAUGACAGUAUUGGAAGAUUGUACCAGAACCAGGUGGAGGAAAGGAUGGCAGUGCUGAAGAAAUACUUACAAGGUCUUCCCAUUGCCAAGAUGCUUUUCAGAUACAAGUGCUGCAACAAAUUAUUUUCAAGAUUCAUUGAGAAACUUAAUGCUACCGCCAAUAUAAAACCAAGGGAAGAGGAUACUCUCACCAAGGUUUUAAACUCUAGUGAGGAGAAAAUUGACGUCAUGGACCUCAUGGAGAAACCAAUACAGUAUUUGUCGGAACUGACUAUGCACUUGGGUAUGGUUCUGCACUUCACGGCCGUCGGACAUAGAGAUUAUGUUUGUCUAGAAAGUGUAAUUUCAAAUUUUCACGCAUUCAGUAAAGAAAUGAAAGAAGUGAUUAAUCAUAAUUCAAACUUGGAAGAUUUCAACAACUACGAGCAUGCUUUUGCCGAAGAAGAACCUUACAUUAACCUUGAAACUUUGCAGGAAAAAAUCAUUUUUGCCAAAGGACCAAAGAACUUUUCCCUUGUACAUCCUGGACGAUAUUGGCUUUUCUGUGGAGAACUGUCAAAAAUAGAAGGUCGACAUUAUAUUCAGUACUGGGCAUUGCUCCUGUCAGAUUGCUUUAUUUUGACAAGACGAACAGAAAAAAGAGUACUGUUGGUACUGGACGAACCUGUGAUGUUGCGUUCGAUAUAUCAAGCAACAUUUGAUGCAAAAUAUGAUACAGAAUUCCGCAUUUUGUUUUCCUUAGAGAAUGCACAGAAAGCUCCAGGACAGAGAAAUCAAUGGACAACAUGGAUUUUUAGAGCUCCUACACCCAGUAUCAAACUCCUGUGGCAGACAAUUCUCUCGUAUCAGUUGUCACUUUACAGCUCGGAAGCUCUUUCUCAGAAAGUAAAAUCCAGUUUCGUUCACGCCAAACAUCUUCCAAUGAUAAUACCGAAGAAAAAUACUAAGUACGAAGAAUCUUCCUUUAUGACGUUAACAGCUGGUCCUUGUUAUUCAUCUUCUGCUCCCAAUACUUUGAGAAAAUCUAUUUUUCCUAUUUAUGGCUCUAAUACAGUUAUAAAAGGAAAUCUAACGGGCGAGGAAGAUUCAAUGAAAGCAGAAAGAACCCUUGCGAGCUCAUCUGGAAAUCGGCAGCAAGAAAUUUUACGAGAAAUGAAGAGCAAUGGAAGCUAUUUUUCAUUGAACGAACCUAUCACCACGAAUGCCACUGUCGGCUUAAGAAGGGGAUUUUUCCGCUCAAAAUCGUAUGGCAACGAUGAGCCAAUUCCUUUUAUCGACUCGACCGAGGAAAAUAAUUCGGGAACAGAAUCAAUUAUUGUUAGCGAAGGGGAUGAGAUGACAUUUCUCAAAGAUGUGGAACCCGAUAACGUAGAUUCGAAAUUCAAUGAAAAAAUAGAUACUUCUACAGAAUUGGCUUAUAACUGUUCGGAAGGAGAUUUGGAGGAUCCAUUCGCUAUAGCGACAAAUGACAAAUCGAUUCAAACUGAUGAGCCCUCACUGGUAACUUGUGCAAGGAAAGUUUCAAGAAAAAGAUUUCCAAGACUUGGCACCUUUGAGAGAAUUAAAAUAGAUAAGAAAAUCUCGUUGGGAAGCACCGAGGUGCCCAACACUGGUCAUCCUGUAACUGGUACUUCGUCUAAACAUCGUCGACACGUGCCUACAACUUUGUCGAAGGAACAUCUUCUGUGUUCCGUGUCACCCGGAGAAACUGAAAGUAAAGAGAUUUGUGGUUCCACUCCACCAGUUGUUGCGCACCCAAAGCGAUCGAAAAGUUUCUUCGCUCGUUUCUGGAAAAAGAACGCUAAACCUAACCUUUCAAAGAGUGAUUCUGAAGAUGGGCAGUCGUCUAUAAACAACUGUGAAGAAUGUGCGGAAAUGGAGCGGCCACCGGAUUACGACACGGUAGUCGAGUUAUCAGAAAAGCAAAAUAAAGAAUGUCUGAAGGAAGAAUAGUUGAAAAUCCACGAGAAAAUGAAUAGAGACUUUAUAUUAUUUAAGUAAUUGAUGCCAAAUGUUGUAAGCUUCAUGUAAUAAAAUUUCA